ACGCCCCCCUCGGAGUGUGGUCUUCAGGGCUGGCAAGCCUCAAGCCACGCCUCCUACAGCCACGCGGCUCUUCGACUCGACUCCCCUGCCCUCCCCACGGCAAUUCCAGCCGUAAAUUGGGGUGGGGGAGGAGAAGGGUGGCUGGAAGCGCCGUCCGAAGCCACACCUGGUCUCUUCGUUGAUUGGCUGCGUCCACGCUUCCCUUUGGUUGAUGUGUGGGCGCGCGCGGCAGAGAUUGUUUCUGGGCCGGGGCUCCACCCACGUGCCGCUGGCUGUAGAAGUUGGGAACACAUCCUGCACGUAGCAGACGUAUUAAAUCAGAGAGGGGGCCCCAUCUGCUUGCCUUGGUAAAAUACAUUGGAAAGGAGUUUGCCGGACGUGGCUCCCCAAAAGGGGGAGUGAUCCUAUCCAAAAAAAAAAGGGUGGUGGUGGUGUUCACUUCUCACACUGAUAUACACCGAUAGCAAAGAGCUUCGGCAAUUGUCCGUCGGCCAAGGUGCUACUCUUACAGGAGUUGGAAGGUAGCCCCGGGGUGGGGGAGUCGCCCUUCAUUCCAUUCUCCAACCUUGCUUGGGUCGCCAGGAGUGUCGAGGAGCGGAGACGGUGACCGCUGGCUGCACGGAAGACCCGAGUAUUACUUCGGCAAAACUUUUUGAGCGCUCCGCCUGGUUGCUUCCCUGACACGGAUCAACUCCUGCCUGGUUGCGGUUCUCCAUCCCGACAUCUAAGGGUUAGAUACGCAUUCAGCGAGCGGCCGCUUCGUUUCGUUAGAAUAACCGAUAUACCCGAGCAGCCUCUGGGACCAAUCCAAUGCUCGGUUGCUCUUUCGGACAUUAUUGAGAGGUGAGAAAUCAAUCGCGUUAACUGAAAUGCCAUUGGGCGAUAUUAUGAGAUUAGAUUUAGAGAAAAUCGCCCUGGACUACAUUGUACCUUGUUUGCGCGAUAUUGGCUUUUGCUACUUGGACAAUUUCUUGGGCGAGAUAAUAGGGGACUGCGUUUUGGAAUGUGUGAAACAGAUGCAUUAUAGAGGGGAAUUGCAGGACGGUCAACUGGCCGGCCAGCGCCAGGGCAUCUCCAAGAGACACUUGCGAGGAGACCAGAUAAAAUGGAUCGCAGGCACCGAGGAAGGAUGCGAGGCCAUCAACUUUCUCUUGUCGCUGGUAGAUAGGCUGGUGAUGUUUUGUGGAAGUAGAUUGGGUAAAUACUAUGUCAAGGAAAGGUCCAAGGCUAUGGUAGCUUGCUAUCCUGGGAAUGGAACUGGUUACGUGCGUCAUGUGGACAAUCCCAAUGGAGAUGGGCGAUGUAUCACCUGCAUUUAUUAUCUGAACAAGAACUGGGAUUCAAAGUUGCAUGGGGGGAUCCUACGAAUAUUCCCAGAGGGCAGGUCCUAUGUAGCUGAUGUCGAGCCCAUCUUUGACAGAUUACUUUUUUUCUGGUCAGACCGAAGAAACCCACAUGAAGUGCAGCCUUCCUAUGCCACAAGCCCUAGGAAGAAGGCAAUGGCAACCCACUUCCACAAAAACCUUGCCAGGAAAGCUGCAGGGAGUUGCCCAGGCAAUGUCCAAGAAUCAGACAUGACUGAACAGAAAGGAAAAAAAGUAUGCAAUGACUGUGUGGUAUUUCGAUGCGGAGGAAAGAGCAGAAGCCAAAAAGAAAUUCAGGAAUUUAGUUGAUGCAGGAAAGACAGAAUCAGUUCUCAGUGAAGAUUGAAUUACAAAUGACUUGAUACAUUUUUUGUAUAAUGAUAAUUUUCGGACUAUUUGCAAGCAAUAAGAUCCAAAGAUUACAUGGUCUGUUUUUUUAUGAUUAUCGGAUAUUCUUCAAUGCACUAUUUUUGACAUUACCUAAUGUUUGCAUAUUACCAUGAUGGUACUCAUGACAGCUUCCAAUCUCUUCUAUUUGGCAUAAAGCAUCCCUCUUCUGUUCUUGCCUUUGAAUUGAAGAAAACCCCCAGAAUGAAGAGUAUCACCAAAUCUCAUAUGAUAUCAAGGUGAAGAUGGCAAUACUAGUAAUAAAAAAUACUAAACAUUUGAAACAAUUGGAGGAAACUGAGUCUAUUUGCACUUUAGUUACAUUUUCUGGUUCAGUGAAAGGAACUUUACGAAGGAUCCUCAUUGGCAGGUUGCAGAUGAGCAACACCAGCAAGCCAAGAUGCAAACCAGAACUGCACACUUGUCAGGAGCCAAAUUCAUUGUGUCAGUGCAGAGCAUUUGAUGGUGUGCCUCAUCAUUUUGCUUGCAGACUAUUAUUGGCUUCUUUGGCCAGGCUCGUUGCCAAAUCGAAGCUUCCUACUUGCCAUAAAAUUGCCUGGAUUUUAUCCGCAUUGUUCAAGUCAAGCAACAGCAGUUCUAUCACUUUGCCUUUUAGAGCCCCCAAACAGAAGUGGUAGCCACUGUGCACCUACCCGUAGUGUUCUUAAAAAAAGAGUGCUUUGUGGGGUAGCUCUGGGAAUUAUUUUUAUUAUCAUUUAAAACUGUUUUGCAAAUAGCUAGCCAGCCUCACCAGCUCCUGCCUGUUACAAACUUUGGGAAAUGUUGAUGGCAAGCUAAGAGCAACUAUGCCAAGAAAUCAUCUAAUCAAAUUUCAUUUUCAUUUUUAUAUUUUUCAACUGAUCUUCCACUAGUCACAUAUUGUAUGUGACAAAAACUGAACUCCAGCAAUUGAGUGUAUUGUUAAGAUGGGCUUGAUGACUAACUAGCUGUUGAAGAGACAUAGAAAGCCAUGUUCAGCUGGCUCUUAACUGUUAUAUUUGGAAGCAUUUGCAGUGGCCACUGAAAAUGGCAUGUAAACUGGCAUUUGGUUGUAGUGUAAAUUUCGCAUCUGUUAUAUAAAUGGGGCUAAGAUUGUACAACUGAAUUUUAGACCUAAUCACUGUUGUUUUGGAACUCAUAGGAAAGUGUGCUUUGAACUGUAGACUUACAAUUCAGUCUUAAGAUUUGAAAUGCCAGCAAAAUAAAUAAUGUGUUAGAUUGGAUAUUCCAGUUGCUAUACAUAUGCAGUGUCAUAUAGCACGAAUCUUGGAUGCACUAUGAAAAUAUUUAAGAUAAGAUUCAUAGAUCUGUAUUGUCAGCACGAGGUCAGGAUAUAGGUUGCUAUCAUGAUGUAUUGUAUUGAGAUUACAAAUACAGAUAUAAAAUGUGGUCCCAAAUGUCACUUUGCUACAGAUAAAUUCCUGCAUUGAAGCCAUGGGUUUUACAGAGAGAGAUUAUGAAGCACAUACUUUCUUCUAAUGUCACUUUUUCAAAGAAAAGAACCUCUAAUGAAUAAACUUAGCAGCAAAUGCACUUAGACAAAAAAAAAACACAAAUUGUUUUUAUGAAAAUAUGCAAUGAAUGAAUGCAAUUCAAUCCUUUGAAGAUAAUUGCUCAUUUUUCUGUAGUCUCUACAAUGUUUUGAAUAUUGUGAUGGAGACUGUAUUUGUUCUUCCAUGUGUCCAUACUUUCCUCCGGGUUCCAUUUUAAUACUUCCUUUUCAUUCCAAUUAAACUUUUCGGUUCAGUUUUGGCUAUUAUGGCUUUAAAAAGGAUACAAUAUCACCUGUAUCUUCUGGAGACAUGGAAGUUACUUCCCCAAAACAUGAGCCACAGAACAAAGCUAAUAUAUUUAGGAAUUGUGCAGACUAAGCCCAAAUCCAACUGAAAGUAUUUUUUUCAGCAACACAGUAUGUACUGUGCAAUAUAAUACAGUAUGUACAAGCAAUAUAAUUUCUAACAAAAUGACAAUUGUUUAUUUCAGGAAACAAGGCUCUCCUGCCUGCAUUUGAUGUCUGAAUUUUAAGACACUCUAUGAUGAUUCCUUUUCUUCUUAAAUAUUCCCUUGAAUGUUUGAUCUUUGAUCACAUAGUUUUAUACAUGGAGACUUUGUGAUGUGUUUUUCUUGUAUAAAAUAUUUCAGCAAAGAACAGUCAGCUUAAAUUUGGCUUGUGCAAAAUAGACUUAAAAACUAAUUGUUUUCAUUUGUGCUAGUGAGCGAUUUUCCCCUUAUCCUUUCUUGUGUAAAGAGCUCAUAAUUGGAAGAAAAAUUGUGGCAGGAGAAUUUUAUAGGCAUCAAAGUGAGAUUUUGCAAAUCAAGAGAUGAUAGUAUUUAUUUUUAAAAAACAUGAAAAGCAUCUGGUAGCAUCUUAAAGAUUGAUAUGGAUAUAGAAUACGGUUGACUAUAAUAGAUUUUUGUUUCUUUUUGACUGCCGCAGACUAUGAUAGCCAACCUUCUAGAAAUCACUUGAAAGAGUAGAUGGGCAUCAGCCCAAGCAUGCUUAUUUCUAUUCUGUGUCAGAAUGUUCCAAGUCUCAGGUCUCAAGUCUCAAGAAUGGAAAAAGAUGUCUGUUCCGAGGCUACCCAGUACAUCUUAUUGGGAAGGGAACAGUUGGAUCAUGAAGUGGAAGCCAAUCUGAGCAAAUUGUAGAAGGUCAGGAAAUGGGUGAGGCCUAUUUUGCCAGCUGCCAAGUCUAUUUAACCAUAACCUUAAAGGAAUCCAUUAUCAUCUCGAUGCAUCCUUGAAGAGAUAUAGUAAAAUAUAUAGGAAUUACUAGGAAUUUAGUACUUCCUUACUAGGAAUAAGUAGGAAUCCAGGCUACUAUGUCUGAAAAACAAAGACCUGUUUGCCUAGGUCAGGAAACUUGCAUAGCAUCCUUCAGUCUCCUUUCAUUUGGAGAAAACUCUUUGAUCCACAGAAGCUUCUUCAAAGGGAAAAAAACCACACAGCUCAUAACCCUACAUUCUCUUUCAAGAAAUAGAUUUUUUACAUGUGACAAGCCCAUUUAUGAUUUCCCCAUAAGAUUAUGCAAUCAGACCUAUUUUCUCAUUCACCUAUUUUUUUUUUAAAUGUUAUUUUUAGUAUUGUUCCCACCUUGCUGUAGACACAUAUAAUGGGGGAUUCCUAGAUGGUGACUGCUUAUGUCUUGAAAGAGAAGAAGUUGGGUAACAAUUUCUGUGUAACAUCUUUUGUAAAAGGUGUCAGCUUUUUUUUUUUAUACUUGGGGAAAAAUCUAUCAAUCGUAGCUGAGCCCUUCAACUGCCUAAGCAAUUUAGAACUUGAAAAACUAGUGUGAUCAUCAAUUGGCUGUGAUUAUAGUGUGGUAGUGAAAUGUUAUGUACCUAUUUUUGUUUCAUUGUGUUUUAUUUAUGCAGAGUGAUUAACUUCCAGAUUAUUGCAAAAACAUUUCUUUUAAUGGUUCUGAGUGCAUUUUCAAUAAGUACUCUGUUAAGAAAUUGUCAUAGGGGAGCUCAAAUGAAAGUUAUUGGAUCAGCAGGAAAAAAUGUUCAUUUGGAUAUUUAUAGUCGAAGAGCCAAAGGUACUUUUAUUGCCUUUUUCUUGUCAUGACUCAAGGCACCUCUUGGCCAUUGGGCUUGAAAAGUGUGCUUGGGCAAAAGUGAAGAGUGAAAUAAUUUAAUUGCAUUUAUAAAUAAAUAAACUAUGAUGACUAAACAUUUAGAGUCACAUCUAGGGCUACUGUUCAAUUCUACAUUUCAUGGACUGGCAAGAUAAUUCUUUCAAACUACAAAAAGUUUGUCACAUUGCACCCAUUGUUAAAUUGUCAGGAUUACAGCUUUCUAGGAUUAGUUUAAUAAUCAAUUUAAAUGCAAUCAAUAAUUAUCACACCAGACUGAAGUCUUGUACAAAGUCAUUUUAAAAAAAUUGUAUUUACUAUAGAAAAAAGUUGGGGGAAAAGGUCCAAAAAGGUCACUUUCACUUUCUUAAUAUGAAGAGUCCAUUUGUAUUUUUAAACUUAACACACAUUUUGGAAAUAACACAAUGAAAAAUACUUUUAUCUCUUCUGUGCUCCCUGUGUUUCCAAUAAGGUUGGAACUUGCGGAAAAACAAAAUUCAGAAAUGUCAUUUUUGAAAAAAAUAAUAAUACUGUGUUCUAUUCCUGCAUGAUUGCUUUUUGGUGUAACUAUUUCUACUACUGCUUGCUUUGAAAAGUGCAUUAAUUUGCCGCCCAUUUUUAAUCUUAUUUUGUGACUGGCUCCCCAACUGUCUCUCAGGAGGGCAAACCUUUUGCCAGGCUACAUGCUGGUCAUUGUUGCUGGCAGGUGAGCUGGAUACUGAUCUAUACUGUGGAAUGUUGCCAUCCUAUCCACUUGUGUUUGUGUUAUUUAAAAAAAUUGUAGAAUGAAAUAAAAUCUUGCAGGACUCAAUAAACUAA